GGGUUGGUAUAACUAGAUUUUUUGUGGACUCAAUGUAAACUGUUACAAUAAUGAGCUUUUAUUAAUUUUUUUUCUUUUUUAAUCUUCAAAUUAUCAGGAGGAAAAACCUGGAUUCAUAUAUUUUUUUCAUAAGAUUGUAUAUAAUCUAUUCAGAAUGGCAAUUGAGGCAGCUGAUGUGCUGACACCAGUAGGUGGCACUGGUAAAUUAGCUCAUUCUAUAAAAGUACCCCAAUUUUAUAAGUUUUCAUCUAAAGUACUCUUGAAUUAUUUACAAUUCAAGGGCAGGAUCCCUAAACUCAUUCAGCAGCAGACUCGUGGCGAGAGAGAAUGUUGGAUAAAGCAAGUUCGUUCUUUCCUAUUGGCGCUUGUGGCCGAAUUGGAUAUUGUGAGAGCUGCACUCAAUAAUGUUGGUGUGCUGGAAAAAAAUCCAUAUUUGAGGGUUGAAACUGCCCUGGUGAUAGCAGGAGACAUGCUUCUCAGCUUAAGCAGGUCCCAGCGCUUGACGUCACAGUGCAAACCAGUCCUUACAAUGCUGGAGGUUGAAAAGGAACUGCAGGAUGAAUAUCAGAAACUCCUGCAAAAUGCCCCUGUUAAAUUGGGUCUGGUGGUGCCUCGUUGGGUGUGCAUCAAUACUCUGCUUAUAUCCACUCAGAAAGCCCGGCAGCAUUUAUCCGAUGAAGGCUUCACUUUAAAAUCAUAUUCUCCAAAAACUUAUGAGAAAUUUUUACAAAGCAUUCAGGACCUAGGAAAAUGGGACUAUAUGGAAGACUUUCAUUUUGCUGAGGUGUUGGUUUUCUCUGCCAGCACUGCUGUUAUGAGCUCAACUCUUGUAUCAUCAGGCAAGCUUCUUCUGCAAGAUAAAGUGAGUUGGCUGUCGCCGUUUGUGAGUGCAGUGCAGCCUGGGGAUGUGGUGCUGGAUGCCUGCGCCGCUCCUGGCAACAAGAGCACCGUACUGGCGGGCCUCAUGGCUAACCAAGGGAAACUGAUCUGCAUUGAACGCGACCCUGAACGCUUCACGGUGCUUAAGAAGCGCGUGAAGCAUCACGGCGUGCGCAACGUACUCUUCAUCAAUGAGGACUUCACGUCUGUGGACCCCAGCGAGCUUCAGGGAGUGACGACCAUCUUGCUGGAUCCUUCAUGUAGUAAUUCAGGAUUGGAGAUGAACACUGACUCGGCGUCCGUGAGCGGCGAGCGCUACCGCAGGCUGGCUGACAUGCAAUUCCAGCUUCUUUCUUUUGCCCUGAGCCUCCCGUCCGUGCAGUCUGUGGUGUACUCAACCUGCUCUGUGCAGUCCAUCGAGAACGAGGAGGUGGUAGCCCGCGCUCUUCAGCAGUUCACUAAUUUUGAACUCGACGAUCUGAGCUUGAAAUUGAAAGACUGGCGUAGUUUUGGAGACGAGAAUUACUCAUUUGCUAAGAAGGUUUUGCGCACGCAAACAUUCUAUGAUUUGUGCCAUGGUUUCUUUGUUGCUAAAUUUGUAGCUCGUCGUGUGUUUCUAAACGGAAAAACCGAGUCGGAAACUGCAGAACCAAAAGAAGAAAAUUCCAAGAAGAAACCGAAAACGGUUCUUGGAGCAAAGGCUGAGAAUUCGGUCAGUACAGAAUGUAACUCUGAUAUGGAUGGAUUAGCAAGUAAUCCAUAUAGCUCAUUCAAAAACAGCAUGAGUUUUAGUGAUAGUAAGCAAAAAGUCCCUGAAGGCAGAGAGAUUGAGUUGAAUGACGCUUAUUGUGCUGCAGAAUCUCAAAUACUCAAUGAAGUGGGCGGCUCGACAGUUGAAUGUCACAUGAAGGGAGACAGCAGGAAAAGGAAGUCAAAAAAGAACAUAGAAUUGGAACCAAUUGAAAAAUUCGAAGAGUCUGGGUUGGAAAAAGAGUCCAAAAAGAAGCGCCGUAGACUAAACCCUUCUGAAGAGACAUUAUUACCAGCAGAGUUUGAUGAAACUAAGACGACGAGUUCGAAAAAGAAACUGAAAAGCCAAAUUUCAGAGGGCGAUGAAAAUAACGAGGUGGAAGCAGAUGUUACCGCGCCUGAAAAACAGAAGAAGAAGAAGAAAAAGAGUUGUGGAGAUGUGAUAGAAUUCGUAGCGGAUGUGGAAGAAACUUUAGUUAACCCUCAACCCAAGAAAAAAUCGAAGUCAAAGAGUAAAAUUGACACAGAAUGCGGAAUUGAAUCUGUAAUAGAAACUUGUGAGGCAGAUUUAGCCACGGGAUUAAAGAAAAAGAAGAAGAAACAUGAAAAACACGUGAAAAAUCCAGAAGAAUUUGGAGAAAAAGAAAUAAUUUCAUGGAGCGCACUGAUAAAUCCUGAUGUAAAACCAAAGAAGAAAAAGCGUAAGGCGGAGACAGAGGAUGUUGACGAUCAGGAAACACAUUCCUCCGACCUGACAACGGAACACCGAGAUACCUGCAGUGAAAACCAGCCUAAAAAGAAGAAAAAGAAAACCCGCCAUGAGCCAAGGAACGAUUCAGAAGCUUCUUAACCGCGCGUGUAGGUAUAUAAUCCAUUCCUACUUGCAGAAGAAAUAGUACCGUAGUGAACUUGAUAAUUUAUUCUGGUGACCAGUUGAAUAAGUGUGAAGUCAGGGUUAGUCAAAAGUGGACAAGUAAACAAUGAUCUAGUUGGACGAGACUUUUUCUUAUGUGAAUCUGUUCCUUUGAGUGAAUUUCUUCGUCUCCUAUCACUGCUUUUCAACAUUUUGUUCUUCGGUUAUUCCAUACGAAUACAACAUUGCAUUUUUUACACAAGUUUUUUUGAUCAUGCUAAUUGUUCAUAGACAUACUUCUAUAGACUAAGGAUACUCGGCCAAUUUGGGGUAAGAAAUAAACAUGCGUGUGUCUGAAAAUUAUGGUUAAUAUUGUACAUGGACAGAAGGAUACGUUUCUGUCUGUGUGUAGGAUAACGUUUCCGUAGUGGGGUGAUUUUUGUCUCAGAGUAAUACAUCAAUAUUCCGGUGUGUUGGAAGGGUGACUAUAAAAUUACCGGAUACACCAGCGCGUGAAAGUAAACAUGAUUAUUAUGUCAUUUUUAUGUGCGUCACAAGAUGAGAAUUUUCAUGUGAGUCUCGAACUUUCCUAACGCUAUUAAUUGCUAAGCACGCACGCUUUGAUUAUUCAAGCCUAAACAGAAUUUCUUUUAGAUCACCGCAAGUUUGCUUCUGGAUCUUCUUCUGAUGGAAGCUUCUCUAAGCGAAGCUAUUCGAACGUCGUUCCUUCGAAUUUGUUUCUCCACAUUUUGACACUAAUUGAUCUUUCAUCAUCCAAUUGCUCUUUCGUCACUAUUUAUUAUUCGUAGUUCAAGUUCGUCACGAUAAUUUUUUGUUGUCAAGUUACUCUUCUCUUUCACCUGAAUAAUAAUUGACUUGUGUGGAGUUAUCGCAAAUGACGCAUUGAAUUUCGUUACGCUAUACAGCAAACUCCGUCUUUAUCAAUUCCGUAACUCAUCGAUACCUGUCUGACAUAAUACAUAUCGUGUCAGGAUAUUACCUGACUUUAGUUUUUCAAGGUGAAAUCACGAGACAAUAAAAACAAUAAAUGGGCGAAAAAAAGUUUUUUAUUUUUACAUUUGGCAGACGUACUUUUUCUCCUAAAAUUAAAAAUGUGAAUUUCCUUCAAAUAACGAAACAGGAUUUAAAUGUAAUAACCUGUGCAACAUGCCUAUGAACAGUUUCUUUUCUCAUUAAUAUUAGUUUAAUUUAAAAUUUGCAACGGGAUGACGGUAUUCGUGGUAUUGAUUUUUAAAUAUCGGGGAUCAUCUACCUCGAGCUAAGUUGUUUUCUUCUUGUAAAGUUUGUGAAUUAAAAAAAAAUAUCACAGUCAAAUUUAUAUUUUUGCUAAAGUUUCCCUUAGAAUUUAAACCGAAUGAUCAUUUUAUUCGCCAAACCAUCCCACGUGCCUUAUUUGUUUUCAUGCUACAACUUUUGUCCGUAAUUGUUGUAACUUGCGCGUACUUUUUGUACGUAAUUGUUGAAUUAACGCCAUUGUUUUGACGUUUUGCAUAAUUGCAAAACGUCAAACUUUGCAGCCAUAAUUGUUAGCCUAUUUACAUAGACAUAUUUCAAUUACUGUUGCUGAUUGUUGUGUUUGUUGAUCCUCUGUCUGUAGCAAAUUCUCAGCUCUGAGACGAACCACCAAGACUUCAGUAUGUCUUGCCGCGGACGCACACAGCUUUCGAAUGAAAUUUUUUCGUUGUUUUGCCAUGCUUAAA